AUGGGGAGUUGUAUUAGCUCCGAGUCCGCGGGGGACGCGGAACAGAAGAAGAAAAGUCAGAUGAUUGAUCGGAAACUCGAGGAAGACUCUAGGCGGUUACGCAGGGAAUGCAAGAUCCUCCUCUUGGGCUCCGGCGAGAGUGGCAAGUCCACGAUUGUCAAGCAGAUGAAGAUUAUUCACCAAAAUGGCUACUCAGUCGAGGAGCUGGCUCUGUACCGACUGACCGUCUUUAAGAACCUGCUCGACUGUGCCAAGGCUCUGAUCGAAGGAUAUCGCCUUUUGGAACUCGAACCAUCCAGCCAAAAGGUCAAGGACUACAUCACGUUCCUGGAAGAGUAUCACGUCGACCCGGAUCCCAAUACACCGUUGGAUUCGAAAAUAGGAGAUGCGAUCACAUAUUUAUGGAAUGACCCUUGCACAUCAAGUGUUCUAGAGCGCCAAAAUGAGUUUUACUUGAUGGACUCAGCACCAUAUUUCUUCGAGGAAGCCAAGCGAAUAACGUCUUCGGACUACACACCGAAUGUAUCAGAUGUGUUACGCGCGCGAACCAAGACCACUGGUAUAUACGAAACACGUUUCACAAUGGGCCAAUUGAGCAUACACAUGUUUGACGUGGGUGGCCAGCGCAGCGAGCGGAAGAAGUGGAUUCAUUGCUUCGAGAACGUGACCUCCAUUAUCUUCUGUGUGGCUUUGAGUGAAUACGACCAAAUGUUGCUGGAAGAAAGUAAUCAAAACCGCAUGAUGGAAAGUUUAGUUCUCUUCGACUCUGUGGUCAACUCUCGAUGGUUUAUGAGGACGAGUAUCAUUCUCUUCUUGAACAAGGUCGAUCUCUUCCGGCAAAAGCUCCCUCGGUCCCCAUUAAGCAACUACUUCCCAGACUACUCGGGCGGUAACGAUGUGAACCGAGCAGCGAAGUAUCUUCUUUGGCGAUUCAACCAAGUGAAUCGUGCACACCUGAAUCUCUACCCACACCUCACCCAAGCCACCGAUACCACAAAUAUUCGCCUUGUCUUUGCGGCGGUCAAAGAGACCAUCUUGCAGAACGCCUUGAAAGACUCGGGCAUUCUUUAA